UACACCAACACACACACAUAUAUAUAUAUAUAGAUAUAUUUGAAUAAGCGUUCGAUUUGAAUCAAAAUUAUAUAGCCCAAGCUAUCAGCUAUCCCCACAAGCUUUGUACUCCACAAAACAAGAAAAACUAAAGCGCUAAAGAACUAUUAAAAGAAAACCAACUGAAAUUCAUACCAUCUACUAUAUAGAUCUAUAUGCUAUAUGUAUACACAUAAAUAGGUGCUGAUCUGUGCUCUUGAUUUUUAGUGAUUUUUGUGUGUGCGUGACGCGAGAGGAGCAAUUAAGAAACAAAAAAAAGAAAUCUAGUCGCUAGGCUAUAUAAAAAACUCCAGCUAACCCAGAUCCGUAACCAGUUAUAUAUAUAGUUAUAUAAUAUAUAACCCCAAAUAAGAAAUAAAACAAAAACACGAUGGCCAACGUUGUCAAUAUGAACAGCCUGCUCAACGGCAAGGACUCGCGCUGGCUGCAACUGGAAGUCUGUCGGGAGUUUCAGCGGAACAAAUGUUCGCGCCAGGAUACCGAAUGCAAAUUCGCCCAUCCCCCGGCCAAUGUGGAGGUGCAGAACGGCAAGGUCACCGCCUGUUACGACAGCAUCAAGGGCCGCUGUAAUCGUGAUAAACCGCCGUGCAAAUAUUUUCAUCCACCACAGCAUCUGAAGGAUCAGUUAUUGAUAAAUGGACGCAAUCAUCUGGCCCUGAAGAAUGCACUGAUGCAACAGAUGGGAAUAGCGCCUGGCCAGCCGGUCAUAUCGGGCCAAGUGCCAGCCGUGGCCACAAAUCCCUAUCUGACUGGCAUUCCGGCCAACUCUUAUAGUCCGUAUUACACAACGGGUCAUUUGGUGCCCACCUUGCUGGGUCCUGAUCCCACGGCCGUGGCCUCUCAGCUGGGACCGGUGGUGCCACAGACAGUGCAGGUGGCACAGCAGAAAAUACCACGUUCCGACAGAUUAGAGGUGUGCCGCGAAUUCCUACGCGGCGCCUGCAAGCGGGCGGAGUCCGAGUGCCGGUUUGCCCAUCCGCAGGAGAGCGUCGCCAGGCACGACGAUGGCUCCAUCACGGUUUGCAUGGACGCCGUGAAGGGCAGGUGCGCACGCGAACCCUGCCGCUACUUCCAUCCCCUGCACCUACAGGCACAAUUAAAAGCGGCCCAAACACGCGCCACCGCUGUCGCUGCUGCAGCUGCGACCUCACCUGUUACGGCACACCAUCACCAGCAACAACAACAAUUGCAACACCAGCUGAACAACAUCAACAACAACAGCAACGCUGGCGCAGCAGCAACAUCGACAACAGCAACAACAACCACAAACAACGCCGCUGCCGCUGCCGCCGCCGCUGCUGCAGCCGCUGCCGCCGCUGUCAUGGGCCAUCACACACUGGAAGUGGGCAAGAAGCGGGCGGCGGACACAACCGACAUGUUCCCACUGCAAUUCUCUGGCAUGGUUCCGUUCAAACGUCCAGCUGCCGAAAAGUCUGGCAUUCCAGUUUAUCAGCCCGGUGCGACCGCCUAUCAGCAGUUAAUGCAGCCCUAUGUGCCAGUCUCAUGUGAGUAUCCCCAACAACAACAACAACCACAACAACAACAACAACAACUACAUCAACAACAACUACUACAACAACAACAACAACUACUACAAUUAAGUAGCGCCAUAACAACAACAACUACAACAGCAACAGCCAGUAAUAAUAUGAUUAAUAAUAUUAAUAAUAAAAGUACCAUAAACGCUGUAAUUGCUAAUAAUACCAAUAUAAUACCAUUAUCAUCAUCGACAACAACAACAACAGCAACAACAACAACAUCAGCAUUAUCAUCUGCUAAAGCAAGUACUAAUAACAAUGAUAGUGAUCAGGAUCACGAUCAAGAUAAUCACCAAGAUGAUGGCGAUCAGAAUACCGAUCAGGCAGGUCCUGCGGCCACCUCCGCCCCGGUUGAUGGUGAAUCCAGCGAUAAUGCGGAUCGCAGCGAUGCCAUUAAUCAAGACAAUGACCAUAAUCCGAAUCAGAUUUCAAAUCCAAGUCCCCCAAUAAUAACUGAUUGUAAUGAAACAACACGAACAAUCACACCAAUAACCACAGACACGGCAACAGUAGCAACAGCAGAAGCAGCACAAGACACUGGUGUUCCUGCCGCCUCGGUUACGCCACCGAAUGAGGCAACAUCGCCACAUCCCAAUUCGGGCAUCCACUCUGUACCAACUGCCGAUAGCCUUCUGCCUUUGCCCAAUGGCGACAAUAACAAUUACUUGUCCUAUAUCAAUAACAAUCUGACCAAUGGCCAGCUCAAGUCGGCCCAUUCCGACGAGGCUAAUGGCGAUGCAGACAGCAGCAGCAGCAGCAAUCUAGCAGCAGCAGUCAGUCGGGGUUAUAGCAAGCAUAAUGGGGAGACCUUAUCCUAUCAGCGUUACUCGGUGAAUGGUCAUAGCACUGGCAUCCUGCCCACGCCCACCACCUCUGCUCCAGCGGUGUCCUACCAAAAUCAGGCUCAGAUUCAGGCUCAGGUCAGCCAGGCUCAAGCCCAAGCUCAGGUUCAGGCUCAAGCUCAAGCUCAAGCUCAGGCUCAAGCUCAGCAAGCUCAGGCUAACAUGCAGCGUCUUAACUACGCUUAUAGCUAUAACAACCUGUAUAAUCCCUAUGGCGGUGUAACCUCCUCCAUGGUGAACAUCACCAGCUCCAGUCCCUCCUAUGCCCAGGCCCAGAUGCAACAGCAGCAACACCAGCAGGUGCAGCAGCAGCAGCAGCAACAAGUGCAGGCCCAGGUCCAGGCCCAGGCCCAGGCUCAGGCCGCCUAUGCCCAACCCUAUGCCGCCUAUGCUGCAGCUGCGGGACUAGCUCCCCAAGCCACUGCCGGUGCCAGUGGUUACUAUACCGAUCCUGCUGCUCUGGCCAAGGAGGUGGCCCAAAAGAACUAUGCCCUCAAGGUGGCCAGCGCGGCCUCUAAGCCGGGAGCCUCUUCAGCGGCGGCUGCCUACACGGGAUUAACCCUAAACAAAAGCUAUGUGGCUGCAGCAGCUGCGCAGCCAGUUCAAGCACCACAACAGCAGGCAGUGUCCAUGGCAACCCUGAUCCAAAUGCAGGCUCAAGCUCGCCAGGCUCAGGCUCAGGCCCAAGCCCAGGCCCAGUUGCGUCAAAUGACCAGCUCUGGACUGUCCACUCCCGUGCCUGGAACACCCGUUCGGUCGCCAGCCGCUGGAGCCAGUUCUGUGAGUCAGUAUCAAUCUGCUGCCCUGCUAAGGGCACCCACGUCCAUGCCAUAUGCCCAGGCUCAGGGAUAUUUCUAUCCGGGAAUGAUGCCCACUGCGGCCUAUGCCAUGCCACCGACUCAGGCAGCGGCAGCACAGCAAUAUGCAGCAGCUGCUGCUGCGGCUGCUGCAGCAGCAGCCGCCCAAGGAGGCAGCCAGGGGAGUGCCAUGGUACUGAAUCCCUAUAAGAAGAUGAAGACAUCCUAGGAAGUGUUUUUGUAAUCUAGGUCCACAAAAAAAGAAUUGUACUUAAGACACCAAAACCAUCCAGAGAUGGGAAAGUCACACUUAAUUAGAUUUAACAACUCGAAGAUGACGUAAUAUUAUGUGCCUCAGUUUUUCUCGGAAAUGGUAUAGUUUCUAUACCAUAGAACCACCACAGAGAAAAGUGUUUUUUUAGACCUUAGUUGUACCAUAGGCCUCAUAGCGUUAGGAACGUACGAAACCAACCAUGACACGAUAACUAUGGGAUCGAAGAUCCUUUGCAAUAAGCUGCUAACAAAUACUAACCACAAAUGCCCUAAACUUGCUGAUAAACCGACAGAAUUGAUGAUAGAUUUCUUUGCCAUUAAGUUAAUCGAAAAAAACGAAAUAUAACCUCAAUGUGACUCAAAAGUGUUGCCAUUUUUGCACGAAAAACGAAACGAGAAAAACGAAGCUUUCAAAGCGCACGCGAAAGGAGGAAAGAGAAGCAAAUGUUAGAUGUUAGUACUACUUAAGUUCCUUUUUUCGGAUAGCACUUAGUCAACUUUAGUAUAUAGCAAUUGAUAAAUUAUAGACGAGGGCGGGAAUAGCGGGAGCCGAAGACACAACGAAGAACUGUGAUAGGGAAUAAGCUUUUUGCGAACGAAAUGUUGAUGCUGGGUACAGUUGUGUAUGCUAGUUUGCUGCCUGCAUAUGCUUGUCUGCCAUAUCGCCGUCCCUGUUAACCGAAAUUUGCAUAGCCGUCUCUCUCUCUCUCUAUUGCUCCCGCUCAUCAUCCAUUUUCCCGCGCUCUCUAUCUGUCUCUCUCUUUGUAUAACUCUAUCGCUGUCUCUGUUUCCUAAAAUCUAGCUAGCUAGCUAGCGUGAAUGCUGUUGUAAUUGUUAAAAAAAAAAUUGUUGAGCAACGAGAAAUGCGUAACGAAUAAUGUCUAGUUUAUAUAGAAUAACUUAUACGAUAUAUACAUAUAUAUAUACCUAGCUGUACGUGCUGUAUGCUGCUAUCCCAUAAACGAUAUACGAUAUAUAUACACCCACCCACAGACACUCUCACACACACACACACACUAUGUACUCUAACACACAUUCAUCCUCCACACACCGCCUACAGAGAAAAGGCAUAAACAUGACCAGGAUCGAUCUGUAAAUCGUAUGUCUAGCUUACUAAUCAGAUAUAUUACAGUACAGUCACCACUCACGAUCACGUCUCUCUAUCCGUUUCACUCUAACACACUCAAGACACCCAAAAACACCCGUACACCCGUACACCUUUUCAGACUGUUAAGCCAGCUAAAUUGAUUUAUGUUAAUCUUCUGUUAUCUCGAGAUUUGUUGACCAAGAACUAUGUAAAACCUUUUGAUUUUUAACGACCUCUCUCUAUCUCUGUCUAUAUAUCUUAUCAAUCAACCCUCUGUCAAUCUUCAUCUGUCACCCAAAUCUAUCCCGCCUAUCCACCCCUUUCAAUGUAUUAUAUAUUGUUUCCUUUUUGUAACCGAAUUGUUAAACAAAUAAUAAAAUCAUUGACAAACAGAACUAAGUUUUUAAUGUUAGAUCUCGUGUGAUUAUCAUCCGUUUUUUUCCUUACGUUCUUUUCUAUGUAUUUCUUACGUUGAUAUUUAUAUACUUAAAUAUAUAUAUGUUUUAUGUACUUAUACACCAAGUUUUUAGUGUAGUUUAUUAUAUAAUUUUGGACGUGUGUUCCCUGUUUUAAAUGAUAUAAAUGAUUGAUUGCGAAGGAAGCAACCGGAGAUAAAAUUUUGCCACUGACUUGCGCACUUUAAGUUUUAGAGUCUCUUCCUGCCCGCCUACCCCGCCUACACCCCGCACCCGCAAAAAUACCUCAAUCCAUAUCCGAGAAUCCAAUCCUAUUCAUCUUACAUUAUUAUUCGAUAUAUACAUAAUCUCUGUAAAAUUGUUUUUAAUUAAAGUACUUCUAAUGUCUUACAAGAUUUGAUGUUUGCCACU